AUGGCCUCUACAAAUGGUAAAUUUGACACUGAUGCAGAAGACUAUGAAGAUGAAAUUACCACAGCUGGAGAGGAUGAAGUUAUCGAAGCUGAAGAUGGCAACAAUGAAGUUGUCAUAGCGAAAGAUGAAGUUAUCAAAGCUGAAGACAACGCUGAAGUUGUCAGAGUUGGUAAUGGUGAAGACAAAAUUACUGAGGAUUUGAUAGAUGACAGUUUGCUCAACUGGCCUGAGGUUGAAGUGGAAAGUGAUGCCAACUAUGGAUUUAGCACAGAAAAUGCUUCUCUGGGUAAUGCAGCCACUGCAGAAGACUAUGACUUUGAGGAUUAUAGCCCCACUUGGGCCACCGGCCGUGGAGUUCAGGUUCCGUUCAAUGCUACAAACACGUGGGCUGGGGUUACAAAUCCAAGCACCAGUGAGCUGACUGUUGUUUGCAGUGAAGCUGGCUUCCAAAUUGCUCUGCCCUCACAUUCAUCAAGUGAAAUGAAAGUUUUAAGCCCAGAUGCGAUUCUGUCUUUAAAGGAUGCUCCAGAAUCCUGUGGUUAUGAAAGUCCUGCCAAAAACACCUUGACUAUACCAUUCAAUGGAUGUCAUGUUAAUAUUAAUAAUGGCAGCUACGCUGUACAAAUAUUGUACACAAAAGAGUCUGGUUAUAAAAAAGUUACUGCAAUUUGUGAUGCAAAAGCUAACUCUGGACUGAUGCCUCGUGUCAGCGGCUCUCCUGCAGUAUCUCCCAGAUGUCUUAACACCAACCCUCAAAACUGUGCUAUUCCCAUGGAGGAGCGCUUGAUUUGUGGCCACGUGGGUAUCUCUCCUGCAGAGUGUCAGAAGAAGGGCUGCUGUGCAGAUUCAGCUAGAUUUUCCUGCUAUUACCCAGUGGAUGAGUGCAUGGCCGAUGGAUACAUUGUCUUUGCCAUUCGCCACAACUCUGCACCCAUCCCCGUGGAUCCCACCAAGCUUGUAAUUCCUGGAGCUAUAGGAAUAAACUGCAAACCAGUCUUGGUUAAUAAGAAGUUUGCUGUCUUUAAGUUCAAAGUUUCAGAAUGUGGAACCCAUGCUUUUGAAAUUGGUGAUACAAAGGUCUACCUGGCUGAAGUACAAACCAUAGUCCACGCUCUAAACUUGAAGUAUGGCAUGAUAACAAGAACAGAUCCACUCAGAUUCUUGGUUGAGUGCCGGUACAGUAAAGGAUUCUCUACACAGUCAAUAGUCAGCAUUGGCUAUGUGGUCAAUGCCCAGAGUACUCCAUUGCCAUCGAAAGUUGUCACCAAUAGCUUGUAUGGUGUAGAGUUGAGAAUGGCUACAGAUCACACAUACACAAGGUACUUUCCCACCAAUCACCAGCCCUUGCAGCUACUACUUGGUAGACCAAUCUUUCUCGAACUGCGCCUGAAGUCUCCAAAACUAAAAUCUCCAAAAGCACUUGUUGUAAUUCUUGUCAAUUACUGUGUGGCAUACACCCGUUCUGCAACUAACGCUCUAGUUCUUAUUUAUGAAGGGUGUGCCAAUCCUCAUGAUCAAAGUGUGUCCAUCCUUAAAGUCAGUGGCCUUGCAAAAUUCCAACAUGUGAGGCGCUUUGUGGUCUGGGCCUUCCAGUUUAUGAAUCAAAGGACAAACAAGUACCUAAAUGAAGAAGUGAGUCACAAGUGCUAA